CCUGGCUUCUCUUUUUCUACUUCAGCCUCAGAUAAUAAUUCACACUAUAACCAAUAACUUGUCGCACGUUUUUUUUUAAUCUUUUAGCUGCAGCCUCUCUCGUCCAGAUGCAGGCAGUGAUAUGACAUCUUCAGAGGGAGGAGAAUUGAAAGAGAGCAUGUAGGAGUGAGAGAGGAAGAGAAAUGAACAGGAUAUAGGUGUGCACUGCAUGAGUGAGUGUGUAGAUUUCACAUGUACAGUUUGGUCUUGGUGGUUGGAGCUUGCAGUGACUUUACUCAGAGGCACGAAGCUAGAAUCGUUCGUGCUACACUGACAGAGAGAGAGAGAGAAGAAAAAGGAAGAACAGGGCUGCGUAAAACCUUCCGGCCCAGAUUCACACAAGAUUACCUCAGCAGAACACCAAACACACAGAGAACAAGAAAAAAUGAAUUUCUUCAGCCAGCUGCCCUCCUUUAAUAUAUAGUCAGGCUUUGGAGGUUUCUAUCACAUUCUCGAGCCUCAAAAGUGGAUCUCCAAAGACAUUAUCAGAUCACCUGAGCACAUUUUUUGUUCAAAGACUAAUAUCGCUGACUUUUCAUCCAGUAGUAUGAACAUCAUGAGGUUCGUUUUUAGCAAUUUGCUGCUGUAUCUUGCUCUUGGAGCCUGUUUCAAGUUCACUGAUGCACAAGUGUCAACAGAGCCAGAUGCACAUAUCACCUCACCAUUACCGAAUAUCAACACUGUGGGGGAAAUGUUAAGUUCUGCAACUGUGGGGGAAAUGUUAAGUUCGGAAAGCACCAUUGCUGGAAUUGUAAAUACCGUCACUGAACUAAUGACAGAACCAGGUCUGGAUCAUCCAGAAACCACAACUGAUUCUCCAGUGAGCACCAUGCUUCAAGAACCAACAACUGUGUAUCAUGUGCCACUCAGUACUGCGACUGAACAAACAACAGCAGAAUUUGCCCUUGAAAUAACAACACUGGCUAAAAGAGAGCAGACCACAAUGAUCAGCACUAUUGCGCCUACUUAUGUGGAAACAGCAGUAGCUGAACAAAUAACUUCAGAUGCCCCAAGCACACUUCAAUAUGUAACGACUGUUGGCUUUUCUUCUGAGUUGACCAGUCCUACAGAACAUCCUACAGAUGAAAUCACCACAGCAGCUGUUCCAAUGGCUACUGAUUCAACAGCCCUCGAUCCCACAUCCAUCACGUCUCAACCACCUGCAGGCUUGGCUGUGACUCCGUCUGACCUCGUGGAGACCAGCACAAUAACCUCCACUGCAACUCCAGCAUCAUCUUCAGAAGUUACUGAAGUUAUUCCUAAAGGGAACUUAGUCUCGACGCCUGCUGAAGAAUCCACAAUAUUUACUGCUGUCAACACCAGUGUAUAUGCCACGGAAAAAACAAACUGGUUAUUGAUAAUCAUAGUGUGUGUGGUCAUCAUUUGUGCGCUAUGUGUUGGCAUGAUUCUGUUCGUCCUACGGCGAAAGAAAAAAGCCUCACAGACAUUUGGCCCCAUGUACGUGAAUGGACAAAGUAAACGGUCCAAGAAGAAAAAAGGGGCGGGGGAUGAUGCAUGGGCAGGGCCUGUGAAUAUGGAGGAGGGGCUUGAAUGUGACCCUGAAGUACAGGAUGGUCUUCUGCCUGAUGAUGGGAAACAGGAUGGAGACGAUAUGGUGCUCAGCACAUUCGCCGCCCUGGACGAAGGUGACAUGCCUAAUGGUGGAGUGGGUGGGGAAGGUACUAAAGAGGCUAAGAAAUGGGAGGAGAAGGAACCUCUGCUUUACAUUGAUGAGGAUGUGGACGAAAACAAGGAGGGAAAAACAGUGGCAGAGAACAAGACACAAAAAGGAGAUGACAAAAGUGAGGAGAAGGAGUUGAACGGAGGAGAAACGUUCUGUCUUACCACAGCCGUCUGAAAGACUUGUUCAACGAAUGGACGUUAAGGAUUUUGUAAGAAUGAGCAUUUUGAUUACAUCAUGUGCAUCAGUCAAGGACUAAGUAAUAUAGAUUUGUAAAUAUUGUUUGACUAUCACAAUUCUUUAUCAACAAUGGCGCAAUGUACAAAGAUGAUCUAAAACUCUUAAUUAUUUUCCUAAAUUUUUUUUCCUAAAACAUUAGCAAACAAAGUCAGUUGUCUGUUGUCAAUAUUGUAUGAAACACAGCUCAUACAGAAGCUAAGCCACUUUCAAAUCAAACAGCUUCUGCUGGUCAACACGGCAAAUUCACAUGACAAAAUGAACAUGUUGCAAAAUUUGCACAGGGAAAUUGUUCACCCUCAUGUGAAUUUGCAGAUCACGUGGAUUCCUAUUGAAACGACUGGAUUUUGUCUGCAAAAAUUCAGUGAACAAUAAUAAAUGUGACUACACUUCAAGACAAAAUAA